AUGCGCCCGAUCAAUUGCCACGCAGCUGAAUACGACAGGAACAAACAUGGCCGCCAGUUAGAGCAUUUAACCUCACAAAAUUGCCGCCAGCGGGCGCAGGACAAAUUCCUGUGGAUAUCGUUAUAUAUCUAUCUAUAUAUCUAUAUUUGUUCAUAUCUAUCUAUCUAUGUCUGUUCAUAUCUAUUUCUAUAUCUAUCUAUGUUUGUUCAUAUCUAUCUAUCUAUCUAUCUAUCUAUCUAUCUAUCUAUCUAUCUCAGACUGUUUAAAUCUAUCUAUCUCUCUAUGUCUGUUCGUAUCUAUCUAUCCAUGUCUGUUAAUAUCUAUCUAUCUAUCUAUCUAUCUGAAUUUGUUUAUAACUAUCUAUCUAUCUCAGUUUGUUUCUAUCUAUCUAUCUAUCUAUCUAUCUAUCUAUCUAUCUAUCUGAAUCUGUUUAUAUCUAUCUAUCUAUCGAUCUAUCUAUCUAUCUAUCUAUCUAUCUAUCUCAGACUGUUUAAAUCUAUGUCUCUCUCUAUGUUCGUAUCUAUGUCUAUCUAUCUAUCUAUCUAUCUAUCUGAAUCUGUUUAUAUCUAUCUAUCUAUCUAUCUAUCUAUCUAUCUAUCUAUCUCUCUAUCGCAACUGUUUAAAUCUCUCUCUCUCUCUAUGUUCGUAUCUAUCUAUCCAUGUCUGUUAAUAUCUAUCUAUCUAUCUAUCUAUCUAUCUGAAUCUGUUCAUAUCUAUCUAUCUAUCUAUCUAUCUAUCUAUCUAUCUAUUUGA